AUGAGUUUGAGAAACCCAAAUAAGAGCCAUGUGCAAGGCAUGGUAAGGUCUCGAAAGUUACUGGUUCUCACUUUCCUGAUUGCCACUGCGAUAUUCACAGUUCUCUGGCUGCGGGACCCCUAUUCCAUCGAGGAAUCCACCCAGAAUAUCCUUCACGGCCACCAUGCGCACGAAGAAAACCGUCCUGUCCUUCCUGCGAGCUCCCUGUCUCAUCCCAUCCACAAACUAGUCGCGAAGGCGGAUGGAGAUUUUACUGCAGUUCUUGCUCGCCAGUCACGCUCUCUUGCCGAUGCCGUCGCAGAGUACCGCAGGCGAUACAAAUUGCCGCCUCCGCCGAAUUUCGACAAGUGGUACAACUUCGCGAAGAAGAGAGGUGUGGAGCUGAUUGACGAAUAUGAUACUAUCUACCACCAGCUCCUCCCAUUUUGGGCUCUGGAACCGUCGGUCAUUCGUGAAAGGACCAGAGAGGCGAUUGGAUUCGACAACGCACUGAUUGCAGUGAUGAUUCGCAACGGGGAGGUCACCCGGAUCGAAGGUGGUGGUGACAUGUAUCAAUGGCAUCGCGAGGCGACGCCCAUUAUGUUGAAAGAUUUUCUCAGAUAUUUACCCGAUAUGGAUCUGCCAUUUAACAUUCAUGACGAACCAAGGGUUGUGAUGCAGCAUGACGAUCUGCUGCAUCAUGUUCAGGUCGCCACGGACCAGAAUAUGCCAAAGGCUUACGAGAGCAAGGAUUUGAAAAACCACUGGUCUCCCAGACCCGAAGACUUGGGCGAGGGGAUCAGGAUCAAAGAGUACCGGACAACCCGUUUCAAUCGCUUUGCGCAUCAACCGACCUGGAGCAAUUCUCGGCUAUCCUGUUCCCCUGAUAGUCCUGCUCGGUCAUGCCUGAAUGACUCCUGUCCGGAUAACGUGACCGCAUAUUCAGACCUCCCCUUGGGUUUCAUUCGAAACACUACAGCCUUUUCAGAUAUUUGUAACUCACCAAGCAUGGAGAAGUCUUUUGGAUUCUUUGACCGACCCAACGCCUUCGAUGUAACACAUGACCUCUUCCCAAUAUUCUCACAAUCCAAAAUCUCCAGCUUCCAAGACAUCCUCUAUCCAUCGCCUUGGUAUUAUAUGGGUCGGGUCAAGUAUGAAAAGGAGAAGGAUAUGCCAUGGGAGCAAAAAGACCCGACGAUGUUUUGGCGAGGGAGUACGACCGGAGGCUUCUCACGAGAUGGGGGAUGGAGAAGACAGCAUCGUCAACGUUUUCUGACCAAGAUUCAACCACUGAGCAAUUCGAAGAUUCUGGAACUUGAUAACUCAACCACCACCCCCGACAUGUGGCGCGAGAAGGAGAUCCGAACCGAAUCCAUGGCUCAUUAUUUCGAUGUCAAGUUCACCCACAUUGGACAAUGUGACCCAGGCGACUGUGACGCACAGCGCGCAUACUUCGGCACUGUCGAGCCUGUCAAUAUGUUUGACGCCUUCAACGCCCGUUAUCUCCUCGAUAUUGAUGGAAAUGCUUUUUCGGGUCGUUACUACGCCUGGCUCUUGAGUAAAUCCAUCGUGUACAAACUCGCCGUCUUCCGUGAGUGGCACGACGAGUGGUUGCGACCAUGGGUUCACUACGUUCCGCUGGGCUUGGUUGGGGAUGAAUAUGUCGAGUCAGUCCGAUACUUCGAUCAAGUCGAAUCCGGGAAGAUUGAAGCCAAGAAAAUCGCCGAUCAAAGCCGUCAGUGGGCGCAAAAGGCGCUUAGAAACGAGGACUUGGAAGUUUGGUAUUUCAGGUUGUUGCUUGAAUACGGCCGUUUGAUCGACGAUAACAGGUAUAACAUUGGAUUCAGCCUGUGA